GCAUACUUUCAGAGCUUCAGCCUCUCUCAGAAAGGAAGAGAUGUGACUAUAAGGCCUUAUAAAAUUCCUAACGCCAUGUCACCCAGAACUGUGCUGAACACACUGCCACACGAGUUAGUGAUUUUUCAGGACUUUAUGUCAGUUUACACAGCCACAUCUGUAAAUGUCACAGCUGAUGUUGCAUUGGAUGCACCUUUCAUACAGGCAAUGGCUCAUGAUAACCCUGGAAAAGCUGCAGGCUACAAAUGUUGGCAAAACCUUUCCUUCAUGGUCAAGUCCUUGAGGAGCUUUAAUGUUGACACUGGCAAGACAUGGAUCACACCACACACAGCCUCUUUGUUGUGGCCCUCUGUUCUUCAGCACUGGGAUGGAAACACGGCCAUGAUUUUGGCUACUUCCUCAGUAGACAAGGGGCUGGGCAGGCUGAGGAAGUGCACCAUUUUGCAGGAGGAGAUCCAGUGCCAGGAGAUACCUCUGCGAGGAAAUAUUAAAGGCUCCAAAAACGUCCAGGAUGGCGGCAUAGCUAUUGACAGGAAUUCAGAUUGGAUCCUGGCUUGCCUGCAGAAGAAGCACCACCGACCCUUCACUACCACCGAGGACAUGAAUGGAGUCUGUACUCUGCUCACCACCAACCUGCACAGCACAGCCUUCCUCAACCUCACCAAGAUGGUUGAGACCAAAUUAAAAGGCAUUCAAAGUAGAACCAGCAACAAGAAGAUUGCUGAAGGGAGCAGCUCUGUCAGCACAGACACCACCAGCAGUGCUUGUGGUGAGCUCUUUGGUAGCACACAAAACAGCUCUAUGUGCAAAGAAGUGGGAACAGAGAUUGCUGUCAUUCUGGCUGGAUCAGAGAACACUAAGCCAGACGAUUUCCAAAAUGCCAAGACCUCUGUCCUCAAUCUGAUGAAGUCAUUGUGGCAGAAAUGCUCAAAGAUCAGGUUUGCUGUGGUGCAGGGUGGAGCACAGAUCCAAACUGAACUGAGCCUGCAAGAGAGCUGCAACAGGCUAACUGCUUUCUUCAAAGUCAGGAACAUCAAGCAGCAGAGCUCACAGACUGACAUCGCAGCCACACUGCAGCAUGUGUUGAAUAAAGUCUUUGAAAGCCAUGACUUCAGCCAGACUGUUAACAAGAUAAUCAUUGUCAUGGCAUCUGGGCAAGUGCUUCUGGAAAACCAUAGGUUGGGAAAUGUCAUGAACUCCUUGGACAUGGCUAGGGUCAAACUCUAUGCUCCUGGGAUUGGAGAGUUCACAAGCAACCAGUGGGUCCCAGAAGAGCUGCAGAAAGUUAGAGGCGACAGGUUCAUUCUGUCCACACAUGAAGAUUUUGACAGUUUCCUUUCAGAGCUGGAGAGAGAGACUCUGAGAGAUUCAGCUGAAAAUACUCCAGCUGAAGCACCAGGGCACAGAAAACCUAAUAACAGUGGGGACAGCAGGCUCCCGUCUUGGAUGGAGGAGGACGAAGAGGAGGAGGAGGAAGAUGGCUUGUCUUCUGGAACUGAGAUUGCUUUUGUCCUGGAUGGAUCAGGGAGCAUUGAGCCCGAGGAUUUUGAAAGAGCAAAAGGAUUCAUCCAUAAGAUGAUGAAAAUGCUGUAUGAGAAGUGCUUUCAGUGCAAUUUUGCAGUGGUGCAGUAUGGGUUUGAAAUCAGAACGGAGUUCGACCUGCGAGAAAACUGGAAUCCUCAUGCCACCCUCCAGAAAGUACUUGAUAUUGUGCAGGUGUGCAAUGUGACAAAAACAGCAUCUGCCAUGCAGUAUGUCCUGGAUUAUAUCUUCACUGAAAGUCAUGGGUCCCACAAGGAUGCAGCCAAGGUCAUGAUUGUGCUUACAGAUGGGGAAAUACUCCUGGAUGAAAUGAACUUGACAACUGUUAUAAAUUCACCCAAAAUGGCAGGAAUCAAGCGUUAUGCUAUUGGAGUGGGAGACGCCUUCAAAAAACCAAAGGCCCUAAACGAAUUGCGGCUGAUUGCCUCUGGUUCAGAUGACACUAAUGUAUUUCAGGUGACCAAUUAUUCAGCAUUAGAUGGGCUGAUUUCAACCCUGCAGCAGAGUAUUAUUGGUAUAGAAGGUACACAGGGUGAUGCUCUGGAAUAUGAACUUGCACAAGCUGGUUUCAAUGUGCAGAUCUUGGAUAAGCAAGUCUUAAUCUUUGGUGCAGUGGGGGCCUUUGACUGGUCUGGUGGAAUUCUGCUGUAUGAUCUGGCAACCAAGACUGCUGUUUUCCUGAAUGAAUCUAAAGAAGCAGCCCAACAAGCAAAAUACGGUUACCUAGGGUACAGCGUGGCAGUGGUACACACAGAAUAUGGACCCUUGUACGUGGCUGGAGCUCCACGGCACAGCAUGAACGGGAAGGUGUUGGUGUUUCAGGAUGGCCACUUAAAACAAACACUGCAAGGAGAACAGGUUGGAUCUUAUUUUGGAUCUGAGCUCUGCCCAGUUGAUGUGAACCGUGAUGGGGUGACAGAUCUUCUCCUUGUUGGAGCUCCAUUUUACCACAUUCGAGGGGAAGAAGGAAGGGUUUACGUCUAUCGCCUGGAGACAGAGACUGGAUCAUUCACCUUGAAAGAACACUUAGAUGUGCAGGUGACCUCUCCUUUUGCAAGGUUUGGGUUUACUGUGGCCAGCAUUGGAGACAUCAAUGGGGAUGGAUAUGAGGAUAUUGCAGUUGGAGCCCCCCUUGAAGAUCAGCUUUCAUACGCUUCCUCUUUCGGCAGCAUUUACAUCUUUAAUGGGGAUAAAGACAGGAUCAAGAGCUCUUUUUCUCAAAGAGUAAAAGCCUCAGAAAUUUCUUCAGGACUCCAGUAUUUUGGACAAUCCAUUGAUGGUGGCUUUGAUUUCACUAAUGAUGGUCUCCAAGACAUCACAGUAGGAUCACUGGCGAACGUGAUUGUGCUACGCUCGAGACCAGUUGUCCACUUUCUCACCAGCAUGAGAUUCAACCCUGACAGAAUCCUCAUUUUCCAAAAUAACAGCCUUGUCACAGCACAACUAUGUUUCAAUGCAAUCUCAGCUCUACCGAUGUCUCAACAAGAGUUUUCACAGUUGUACAUUUUCUACACGGUGGACUUAGAUGUGAAAGUGGCAAAGAGGAGAGUACAGUUUGAAGAUCAGAACACCACAACAAGUGGGAAGCUGUUGGUCGGCGAGCACAUGUGCUCUGAACUGCAGCUUUACCCACUGCCGUGUGACUCUGACUGUUUUACCAGUGUGUUUCUGAGAGUUAAACACGACAUCUUGAACAAAAAUGAUCCCAUGGAGUUUGCUGUCCCUGUGCUGGAUAGAUACCAGCCAUCAGAAAUGCAUUUUCAGUUGCCUUACAAGGAGGACUGCAACAAGACCAUCUGUGCUGCUCAGUUAACUUUGACAACUGAGAUUCAAAAGGAAUUAGUGGUGGGCUACACUAAAGAAGUGAGCAUGAAGGUUUCACUAAUGAACAGUGGAGAUAACUCAUACAUGACAACUAUGGUCUUGAAUUAUCCCAAAACCUUGCAUUUUAAGAAGGUGACAUUUGAGCCAACCUCUCCUGCUGUUCACUGUGGCCAACCAGUACCAUUAACUUCUGCAGUCUUAUCCUGUAACUGCAGAAUUGGGUAUCCAGUGUUCAAGAAGACAACUGCAGAUUUUUCAGUGAUUUGGCAACUAGAGGAAAGCAUAUUCCAAAAUAAGUCUUCGAUCACUGUGAAUAUCACAAACAUAAAUGAAAAUAGGACCAUUCUGACUGAAGAAUACAUCCUUGAUGUCAGAUAUGCAUUCACUGCAGUCCUUACCAGACCCAUUUCUUCAAUGUAUGUGAACGUUGGUGAAGGACUACUUGAAAACAAAGAAUUCAGAUUUAAUAUAAAUGGAGAAAAUCGCUUUAAUGCUACCAUCAAGUUACAGAUUUGGGUUCCCAUAAAUAUACAAGGUCACAACAUAAUGACAGUCAAAAAUGCAUCAGGAACACAGGAGGGGACGGCGUGCGCGGUCAGCGGGGAGCCGGCACCGGCAGCGCGGGGGGAGAGCGGCGGCACGGACCCCCAGGGUAUUCGGGAUGCGCAGUAUCAGAGCGUGCACUGCUCUCUCCAAAGUGACGGCGACAACAUUACCGUGAUAGCGGAACUGUCUUUAAGCAAUGCGCACCAGUUUUUAAAAAGUGGAAGUGCUUUGCUGGUCCCUGGGAAAAUCACAUUCAACAAAGAACGGUAUCUGGGCCUGGAAGAAGAGAAUCAUAAUGCUGAGAUUACUCUUAUCUUCCUGAAAGACGAAGUGUUUGAUCCCUUGCCUAUUAUUGUAAGAAGCUGCUUUGGUGGACUCUUCCUGCUGGUGUUAAUUAUUCUGCUCCUCUGGAAGUGUGGCUUUUUCAAAAGAAAAUAUAGAGCUAUGGUGGAGCAAGAGGAUACGUCCUGAAGACUGAACUGGCCAAAGCAGACAGCUCUGUAUGCUUUCCCCAGCUUUUGGAAAAAAAAAGUCUCUGGCAAAGUCAAAGUCUGGCUAAGAUGCAAAGCAAUCCAUAUUCCCUGGAAGAGCUAUGGCACUCCAGAUCUUGGCACUCUCCCAUAUUGCUGUUCUAACCAUAGGGGCCCAGCUCUUUUGGGCAAUUCGGUUACCAGCUUGUUUAAUUUGAGGUAUUUAUCACAGAGGUAUUGACAAACUCGAUUCCCCAUGAGAAAUUUUGCUUAUUGUAGAUACACUAGGAAAAAAAUCAUCUUGGAGCUUGUUAGAUUUAUGUAUUGGAUUGCAGACUUAGUUGCUGUGAUGCUGAGUGGCUCUUGAUUUUGGUAUUGAGUAGCUUCAUAAAAUUGAAAUGAAAAUUGAUUAGGGGAAGCUUUCCAUCCUGCUAUUGCUAUUGAAAAUGGAGACACAAGCAUUUUACAUAUACAUGUAUAUAUAUAUGCACAAAUUUGUGCAUUUUAAUACUGUAAAUAGUAACACAGUAUGUCCCUUGA